GUGUGGAAGAAAAGAAAAAGUGCAAGUUGUUGCUUGGAGCGCGGACUGCUUUUACCUUUGCCCGGGGAUCCCUCCUAUCUGGCCCCGCCUGCCUAACUCAGCUUUUAGCAGUUUAGAGAGUAAAGGUAGUCCCCAGAGCGGGUGCUCUACUCCUACCCUCCCUUCUGCUUGCAGAAGGAAAACAAGCUUGCAGGCUGGGGCGCGGAGAGGGCUGAACGGGGAAGGCCAAGCUGCUGCUGCGGUGCCUGGCGCGGGAGCCGCAGGACCGAGAGAGCAGCCCCGCCCCGGGGGCGUUGCCGCCCCGCGCCCGCUCCGCCCCCGCGCCGCCGGCCCUCGUCUGCCUGUUUUCCACUCGCGCUCCGGCUGCUGUCACUUGGCUCUCUGGCUGGAGCUUGAGGACGCAAGGAGGGUCUGUCACUGGCAGACUCGAAACUGUAGGCACUGCCAUGGCCCCUGUGCUCAGUAAGGACUCGGCGGACAUCGAGAGUAUCCUGGCUUUAAAUCCUCGAACACAAACUCAUGCAACUCUGCGUUCCUCUUCGGCCAAGAAAUUAGACAAGAAACAUUGGAAAAGAAAUCCUGAUAAGAACUGCUUUAAUUGUGAGAAGCUGGAGAAUAAUUUUGAUGACAUCAAGCACACGACUCUUGGUGAGCGAGGAGCUCUCCGAGAAGCAAUGAGAUGCUUGAAAUGUGCAGAUGCCCCGUGUCAGAAGAGCUGUCCAACUAAUCUUGAUAUUAAAUCAUUCAUCACAAGUAUUGCAAACAAGAACUAUUAUGGAGCUGCUAAGAUGAUAUUUUCUGACAACCCACUUGGUCUGACUUGUGGAAUGGUAUGUCCAACCUCUGAUCUUUGUGUAGGUGGAUGCAAUUUAUAUGCCACUGAAGAGGGACCCAUUAAUAUUGGUGGAUUGCAGCAAUUUGCUACUGAGGUAUUCAAAGCAAUGAGUAUCCCACAGAUCAGAAAUCCUUUCCUGCCUCCCCCAGAAAAAAUGUCUGAAGCCUAUUCUGCAAAGAUUGCUCUUUUUGGUGCUGGGCCUGCAAGUAUAAGUUGUGCUUCCUUUUUGGCUCGAUUGGGGUACUCUGACAUCACUAUAUUUGAAAAACAAGAAUAUGUUGGUGGUUUAAGUACUUCUGAAAUUCCUCAGUUCCGGCUGCCAUAUGAUGUAGUGAAUUUUGAGAUUGAGCUAAUGAAGGACCUUGGUGUAAAGAUAAUUUGUGGUAAAAGCCUUUCAGUGAAUGAAAUGACUCUUAGCACUUUGAAAGAAAAAGGCUACAAAGCUGCUUUCAUUGGAAUAGGUUUGCCAGAACCCAAUAAAGAUGCCAUCUUCCAAGGCCUGACGCAGGACCAGGGGUUUUACACAUCCAAAGACUUUUUGCCACUUGUAGCCAAAGGCAGUAAAGCAGGAAUGUGCGCCUGUCACUCUCCAUUGCCAUCGAUACGGGGAGUCGUGAUUGUACUUGGAGCUGGAGACACUGCCUUUGACUGUGCAACAUCCGCUCUACGUUGUGGAGCUCGUCGUGUGUUCAUCGUCUUCAGAAAAGGCUUUGUUAAUAUAAGAGCUGUCCCUGAGGAGAUGGAACUUGCUAAGGAAGAAAAGUGCGAAUUUCUGCCAUUCCUGUCCCCACGGAAGGUUAUAGUAAAAGGUGGGAGAAUUGUUGCUAUGCAAUUUGUUCGGACAGAGCAAGAUGAAACUGGAAAAUGGAAUGAAGAUGAAGAUCAGAUGGUCCAUCUGAAAGCUGAUGUGGUCAUCAGUGCCUUUGGUUCAGUUCUGAGUGAUCCUAAAGUAAAAGAAGCCUUGAGCCCUAUAAAAUUUAACAGAUGGGGUCUCCCAGAAGUAGAUCCAGAAACUAUGCAAACUAGUGAAGCAUGGGUAUUUGCAGGUGGCGAUGUCGUUGGUUUGGCUAACACUACAGUGGAAUCAGUGAAUGAUGGAAAGCAAGCAUCUUGGUACAUUCACAAAUAUAUACAGUCACAAUAUGGAGCUUCAGUUUCUGCCAAGCCUGAACUACCCCUCUUUUACACUGCUAUUGAUCUGGUGGACAUUAGUGUAGAAAUGGCUGGAUUGAAGUUUAUAAAUCCUUUUGGUCUUGCUAGCGCAACUCCAGCUACGAGCACAUCAAUGAUUCGAAGAGCUUUUGAAGCUGGAUGGGGUUUUGCCCUGACCAAAACUUUCUCUCUUGAUAAGGACAUUGUGACAAAUGUUUCCCCCAGAAUCGUCCGGGGAACCACCUCUGGCCCCAUGUAUGGCCCUGGACAAAGCUCCUUUCUGAAUAUUGAGCUCAUCAGUGAGAAAACGGCUGCAUAUUGGUGUCAAAGUGUCACUGAACUAAAGGCUGACUUUCCAGACAACAUUGUGAUUGCUAGCAUUAUGUGCAGUUACAAUAAAAAUGACUGGACGGAACUUGCCAAGAAGUCUGAGGAUUCUGGAGCAGAUGCCCUGGAGUUAAAUUUAUCAUGUCCACAUGGCAUGGGAGAAAGAGGAAUGGGCCUGGCUUGUGGGCAGGAUCCAGAGCUGGUGCGGAACAUCUGCCGCUGGGUUAGGCAAGCUGUUCAGAUUCCUUUUUUUGCCAAGCUGACCCCAAAUGUCACUGAUAUUGUGAGCAUCGCAAGAGCUGCAAAGGAAGGUGGUGCCAAUGGCGUUACAGCCACCAACACUGUCUCAGGUCUGAUGGGAUUAAAAUCUGAUGGCACACCUUGGCCAGCAGUGGGGAUUGCAAAGCGAACUACAUAUGGAGGAGUGUCUGGGACAGCAAUCAGACCUAUUGCUUUGAGAGCUGUGACUUCCAUUGCUCGUGCUCUGCCUGGAUUUCCCAUUUUGGCUACUGGUGGAAUUGACUCUGCUGAAAGUGGUCUUCAGUUUCUCCAUAGUGGUGCUUCGGUCCUCCAGGUAUGCAGUGCCAUUCAGAAUCAGGAUUUCACUGUGAUCGAAGACUACUGCACUGGCCUCAAAGCCUUGCUUUAUCUGAAAAGCAUUGAAGAACUACAAGACUGGGAUGGACAGAGUCCAGCUACUGUGAGUCACCAGAAAGGGAAACCAGUUCCACGUAUAGCUGAACUCAUGGACAAGAAACUGCCAAGUUUUGGACCUUAUCUGGAACAGCGCAAGAAAAUCAUAGCAGAAAACAAGAUUAGACUGAAAGAACAAAAUAUAGCUUCUUCACCACAUAAGAGAAACUGUUUUAUCCCCAAAAGGCCUGUUCCUACCAUCAAGGAUGUAAUAGGAAAAGCACUGCAGUACCUUGGAACAUUUGGUGAACUGAGCAACGUAGAGCAAGUUGUGGCUAUGAUCGAUGAAGAAAUGUGUAUCAACUGUGGUAAAUGCUACAUGACCUGUAAUGAUUCCGGCUACCAGGCUAUACAGUUUGAUCCAGAAACCCACCUGCCCACCAUAACCGACACUUGUACAGGCUGUACUCUGUGUCUCAGUGUCUGCCCUAUUGUCGACUGCAUCAAAAUGGUUUCCAGGACAACACCUUAUGAACCAAAGAGAGGCGUACCCUUAUCUGUGAAUCCAGUGUGUUAAGGUGAUUUGUGUAACAGUUGCUGUGAACUUUCAUGUCACCUACAUAUGCUGAUCUUUUAAAAUCAUGAUCCUUGUGUUCAGCUCUUUCCAAAUUAAAACAAAUAUAUAUUUUCUAAAUAAAAAUAUGUAAUUUCAGAAUACAUUUGUAAUUGUAAAAAAUGUCUCAUGUCAAUGACCAUUCAGUUAAUGGUCAUAAAAUAGAAUAAUUCUUUUCUGAGGACAGUAGUUAAAUAACUGUGUGGCAGUUAAUUGGAUGUUCACCGCCAGUUGUCUUAUGUGAAAAAUUAACUUUUUUGUGGCAAUUAGUGUGACAAUUUCCAAAUUGCCCUAUGCUGUGCUCCAUAUUUGAUUUAUAAUUGUAAGUGAAAUUAAGCAUUCUGAAACGAAGUACUCUUUAACAUACAAGAAAAUGUAUCCAAGGAAACAUUUUGUCAUUAAAAAUUACCUUUAAUUUUAAUGCUGUUUCUAAGAAAAUGUAAUUAGCUGCAUAAAGUACAAAUGAAGAAAGUCAAAAAAUUAUUUGCUAUGACAGGAAAAGAAAGCCUAAAAUUGACUUUGUAGAACUUUAUUAAGUAAAAUCCCCUUCGCUGAAAUUGCUACUUUUUGGUGUUGGAUAGAGGAUAGUGAGAAUAUUUACUAACUAAAUACCAUUCACUACUCAUGAGUGAGAUGGGUGUCCAAACUCAUCCCCUUUUAAUGGCAUUUCUCUUUAAAAUAUGUUCCUAACAAAAUGAGAUGAUAGGAUAGAGCCUGGUUACCACUCUUUUGCUGUGCACAUACCUGCUCUGACUGGUUUUAAUAGUCACCUUCAUGAUUAUAGCAACUAAUGUUUGAACAAAGCCCAAAGUAUGCAAUGCUUCAUUAUUCAAGAAUGAAAAAUAUAAUGUUGAUAAUAUAUAUUAAAUGUGCCAAAUCAGUUUGACUACUCUCUGUUUUAGUGUUUAUUUUUAAAAGAAAUAUAUUUUUUGUUAUUAUUAGAUAAUAUUUUUGUAUUUCUCUAUUUUCAUAAUCAGUAAAUAGUGUCAUAUAAAUUCAUUUAUCUCCUCUUCAUGGCAUCUUCAAUAUGAAUCUAUAAGUAGUAAAUCAGAAAGUAGCAAUCUAUGGCUUAUUUCUAUAACAAAUUCAAGAGCUAGAAAAAUAAACUGUUUGAUUAUGCACUUUUAGAAAUGCAUAUUUGCCACAAAACCUGUAUGACUGAAUAAUAUCAAAUAAAAUAUCAUAAAUCAUUUUAAA